AAGAAAUACAGAACAGUUUGGGUUUGUUAUUGCCUUGCUGAGAAAUACGGUACUUCAUAAGGAUACUGGAAAAUACUCAACCAAGAAUGAGUGUGGACGAGGACACACGUUGGCUUGAAUGGGUCACCAAGCAAUUUGAGACUAUUGCAGGAGAAGACAAGGAGAUCGACUUGGAUGAGUUUAAAACAGCCCUUAAAGUAAAAGAGUCAUUUUUUGCAGAGAGGUUCUUUCAACUAUUUGAUUCGGACGGCAGUAGCUCUAUUAGCCUCGAUGAGCUGCUGAAGGCUCUGAACCUCCUCAUUCACGGCAGUGAGACUGAUAAGCUGCAUUUUCUCUUCCAGGUCUACGAUGUGGACGGAAGUGGUUCUAUAGACCCUGAUGAGUUGCGAACAGUGCUGAAAUCCUGCCUAAGGGAAAGUGCCAUCUCCCUGCCAGAGGAGAAACUGGAUGAUCUGACACUGGCCCUGUUUGAGUCAGCUGAUAAAGAUAACAGUGGCUCCAUUACAUUUGAGGAGCUAAAGGCAGAGCUCGAGAACUUCCCUGAGGUCAUGGAGAACCUCACCAUCAGUGCUGCUAACUGGUUAAAACCUCCUAAUGUGGACCAAAACAAGAGGAAGACGCCUCGCUAUUUGACCCGGGUGUACUGGCACAACAACAGCCGAAAGCUGUUCUUCCUCUGCCUGUACGCCUUCCUCAACAUUCUCCUCUUCGUCAUAGCUAUGCUGCAGCAUGCUCCCGGUGGACCCUGGUUCAUGGUGGCAAAAGGGUGUGGACGAUGCCUUAACCUCAACUGCACUUUUAUUAUGGUGCUGAUGCUUCGGCGUUGUCUCACUUGGCUACGUACCACCUGGGUUGUCAAAGUCUUACCUUUGGACCAGAACAUCCUUCUGCAUCAGAUAGUUGGCUAUGCCAUCUUCAUCUUCUCUCUCGUGCACACAAUGGCACAUGUCAUGAACUUUGUUUUGCUAACACGCACAGAUAAAGGAUAUAACAUGUGGGAAUACCUGUUCACCACACGCCCGGGUAUCGGAUGGGUUAAGGGCACUGCUUCUAUCACUGGGGUUGUGUUGCAGGUCAUCAUCUGUCUCAUGGUGGUUUGUUCCAGCACAUUUGUCAGACGUAGUGGUCAUUUUGAGGUGUUCUAUUGGUCUCAUCUGUCUUAUAUUUGGGUUUGGGUACUGCUCAUAGUCCACUGCGCUAAUUUCUGGAAGUGGUUUGUGGCACCUGGUGUGAUCUUCCUUGUGGAGAAGUUAGUUGGCAUUGCAGUGUCUCGCAUGGCAACCCUGUAUAUUGUUGAGGUCAACUUGCUCCCAUCUAAGGUAACACAUCUAGUGAUCAAGCGGCCACCGUUCUUCCAGUUUAAACCUGGCGACUAUGUCUACGUCAACAUUCCAGUCAUAGCCAAGUAUGAGUGGCACCCGUUUACCAUCAGCAGUGCGCCAGAGCAACAAGAUACCCUGUGGCUGCACGUGCGAUCAAUGGGCCAAUGGACAAAUCGGCUGUUUGAGUAUUUUAGACAGCCUGAGAGCCAAGUCGUUAGCAACAAGAGACUUACAGCCAGCCUGAGGAACCGAAGGCACAGUGCAAGAACCCAGGAGGAACUGUUCAAAUCUGUGGACUGUGGUGGAAGUGUAGCAUCUAACGAGGAUAACGCCAUUGAGCUAACUCUGUAUCGCAAGAAUGGAGUACGGCCCAGUUCUCAGACACCAAAUCCAGACCUCGGAGUGCAGGUAGAAUUGGGAGACGUGCCUCCAGUAACUAGAGAGAUCUCUGCAAAACUGAGUGAGAAUCAUAGAUAUUGUAACAUCAAGUGUUAUGUAGAUGGGCCUUAUGGCACCCCGACCAGGCAGAUCUUUGCCUCAGAGCAUGCGGUGCUGAUUGGGGCAGGAAUUGGCAUCACACCCUUCGCAUCCAUCUUGCAGAGCAUUAUGUACCGUUAUCGAAUGAGGAAGCAGAACUGCCCUAACUGCAACUACUCCUGGUGUGAGACUAUCAAAGAUAAUGAGAUGAAGCUGAGGAAGGUGGAUUUCAUUUGGAUAAACCGAGAUCAGAAGUCCUUUGAGUGGUUUGUGAGCUUGUUGACCAAAUUGGAGAUGGACCAGGCUGAUGAGGAACCUGAGGGUCGCUUUUUGGAGAUGCACAUGUACAUGACGUCAGCUUUGAGUAAGAAUGACAUGAAGGCUAUCGGGCUUCAGAUGGCAUUGGACUUGUUGGCGAAGAAAGAGAAGAGAGACUCCAUCACUGGUCUGAGGACACGCACACAGCCAGGCAGACCCGAAUGGGGCAAGGUGUUCCAGAAGGUGUCCGAGGAAAAGAAAGGCAAGGUCUAUGUUUUCUACUGUGGCUCGCCGUCACUUGCCAAAGUUAUCAAGGCUCAAUGUGAGACGUUCGGAUUUAAUUUCUGCAAAGAAAACUUCUGAGAUAUCUGUUACCUAGUCAUGUUUCUUGGUUUUUCACUUCUACAGUCAUACUCGCCAUGUUUUGUUUUACGGACAUGAGAUGUUAGUCUAAGUUUAAGCUGUGUGACAUUUCCUCUUUUGUACUUUGUAAGUUUGUCUUCUUCUCUUUAUGAAUGCACUUGCCCUUGCACUUUCAAACUCAUUUUGAAUACAGCACCAAAAUCCACUAACCAUAGCAAGAUUCACGUUUAAAAUGAAUGCCAUUGUUUUUCAAGUUGCAAUUUUGCUGCUUCUGCUCAGAGUUAGUAACAUUAAUUUAAGAAGUAAUAGAUUAAGUAGAUAUCGUAGCUGUAACAGUUAUAACAUGUUAUAAUAAUGUUAGACACUUUCACGUAUAUGCAUUGUGCACAUAUUGUGUGUGUGUGUGUGUGUGUGUGUGUGUGUGUGUGUGUGUGUGUGUGUGCGUGCGAUACUUCAACUUAUAUUCAAGAUAAACUAGAAGUUUAAUAAUGGUACUUAUUGCCAUGUUUUAUGUUGUAUUUGUCAUUCUUAUUCUUGCUUGUUUCAUGAGUUAAACAAUGUAUAAGAAUCUACCUGUUAAAACUUGUAAAAUUAUAUUGUACCUAUUGAAAGUAUAUUGAAUAUUUUACAGCCUCGAAAGCUUUUCUAACCGUUAAGCACUCAUUACUGACAUUGUAAUAAUGUUAACCUUUCAUUUGAUCAUAUAAAGAGAGAGUACAACCGUCUAAUUGCGUACAUCAUUUUGCUCUUCUACUGUGUGCAUUUCAUCUUAUGUAUACAAGAAUUAACCAUAAACAUGUUGCCUUUGUACCCGGAGCCUAAAUUGGGAACACUGGGUGUGGGUGGCCUAAUACACCCUGAAUGGAGGACACCAUGCACGCACACAUGUACACACUUAUUCCUAUCCAGGGGCAAUUUAG